GCUGUCCAAUCACAGUCCAGGACCCGCCCCCUUCCCGGCAGCGUAGCGUGUGUUAUCGGACCAGUUUGACUCCGGGUCGUAAAGGAGCAGGCUUGUUCACUUCUACGACACUUCUCUUUUCCUUCACAUCAAGUUAUAGCUUGCCAAAGACCAUGAACAGUUUAAUCAGAUCGACUGCGAGCUGUCUCCGGUCGGGGGUGGCGGUGUAUCUGCCGAGACAAGCCGACGGACGCGUGUGCUCGGCCUCGGCCCGGCUCCUGUGCGCGGCGGCGGGCGUCCAGAAAGACCUUGGUGAGAUGGUGAAGAAGGACAAGGUGGUGGUGUUCAUGAAGGGGACACCGGCUCAGCCAAUGUGUGGCUUCAGUAACGCCGUGGUUCAGAUCUUGCGGAUGCACGGGGUGGACGACUACGCUGCGUACAACGUGCUGGAGGACCAGGACCUCAGACAGGGAGUCAAGGAGUUUUCAAACUGGCCCACGAUCCCUCAGGUGUACUUCAACGGCGAGUUCGUUGGAGGCUGUGACAUCCUGCUCCAGAUGCACCAGAAUGGAGAUCUGGUGGACGAAUUAAAGAAGCUGGGCAUCAGCUCUGCACUGCUGGACACUGAGAAAGAGUCCAAGUAGCGGAACACGAUAAACUUCAAAACAGCUGACGAGACAGAGAACACAUUCUUCAGGUUGAAUCCCCCACUCAGACGAUCACAGAUAACAUCAACUCUCCGGGUAGACUUUUUGCUAAAUUGAUUCGCCUUUCCGGCUCGCCAAUAAGGCUAAUGAAAGUGACAGGUGUAGGCAGUUUUGGUGGCAGCACUGUAUCCUGAGCCACGGAUUUUUAUGUGUCAUAUCUUAAGCAGCUUGAAGAGCGACACAGAGCCUCUGCUAAUACUCCAUUCAGGUCCUCAGAGUUUGCACAAAUCACGUGCCUGACAAGUGAGGGCUUUAAUGAAGAAAAAACAGUUUCACAAAACCCUCCACCCACAUUUCUCAUCUUCUCUUUAAAGGUGCAGUGACAGGGGCAGCGCAAACCAGUUGCAAAAACAACACUGACCUAUAUGACAAACUCUGCAGCUUAGCUUCAAUAUGAGUUGUUUCUGGACACAUGAGACUUCUUCCAGCUCUCUCUGGGUCUCCAUCAGCUCACAAACUUUCUCUGUCCGGGCCGGGUAUCACACACACACACACACACACACACUCACACACACUCAGACAGCAGCUGCCUCCUGUAGCAAAAAACAACUGAACCAAAACAGUGAAGUGUGUUCGUCAGUACGAGCAACAUCAAUCGCAUCACACACGUCAUCAUUUGAUCCACUGAUCAUAGCUUUAAUAUCUAUAAAGUUUGAUCUUUGCCCUCCAGUUUCUACACUUUGAGUACUUUUCUAUAACUAUCUUGAUCCUGAAAAACAUACAGUAAAAAAAAACAAAAAAACAAUUACAAUUCAUACCAGCAUGGUUGUUGUCAUCACAAGCUUUUUGUGAUAAAUACAGUAAUUAACAUCCAGCUGUAACGCCAUCGACUCACAGCACGGUUGGACUUCUACUGCCAGAGGGAGACGCUCAAGUCCCCCUUCUGUGUUUUAUGUUUUGUUUUGUAUUGUAUUUUUUUUUUCUAAAAAAAAAAAGCCCUGCUACCUCUACUGCCCACCUUUUUCUCCAAAUUACAGCCUGUUUAAGACCACAUGAGCCUCAAGGUGCACUAAGGCUAAUCGAGAGCUUUAUAAUGCUGCCUGGGUCACACACAGAAAACAUGUCAUCAUCAAGCUUCUCGUUGUGCUGCCUGCCUGUUACUAUACAAGGAGGAAGAACAAAGAGAGGACCACACUGAAGGUUUAAUGAUGUGUUUUAGUUUAAUAUCUGGCUCAAAUACAUGUCUCAUGUCGAUGUGUCUCUGUAGUGGAGGUGACUACAGACAUGGACAGCACCUCACUGACCUUGUGACACACACACACACACACACACACACACACACUGUUAAUACUUCUUUGAUCGUCCUCUCUUCGUUCUGCCUGCCAGAAACCACGUUUCACUCUGGAUGUGUCCUCUCUGUUUUAAUGUGUACACCCGCUGAAACGCAACAAUCAUACCUUGAUACCUUUUUUUUUCCCCCUGAAGUUGACCGAUAUACAGCACAUCUGGACCGACGGCAGCAGUUCUAUUUAAAACCUUGUAGUGUCGGUCCAAAUGUGCGAUAUUCAGUGUGUCACUGAGGGAGGUGUUUUGGUUUUUUUUGGAGCGGUGGGGGAGUGUUUCUGUGUGGAGUGUUCUCACUGAGCCCUCUGACGUUUAUCAGUCCUAGAUGUUCUUCCUGCUGCACACAGUUGUAUUAUCAAAGCAAUGGUCACGUAGUACACUGUAAGAUUUUGUACAUUGAAAGCAUAUUAUUAAAUGUAUUUUAGCUGCAUGUAAACCCUGCAACCAUUAAAUAUUUUGUGAGACACACAA